AUAUUUUUUUUAAUCAGUAUCGGUAAAACCUUAUUUGUACUUUCUUAGUAUAGGAUCGACACCUAAAAGUGUAUGGGGAAAAAAGACUCCAGAAACGUGCGGUAUCACUCACCCCUACUUGGCCGUGGCUGCGGUGGAUCAGGCGGCCUGGUGAGUGGCUCCCUGGCGGCAGCCAAUGGCUGAAGACCGGAUGCGAGAUAUCCGCUGGAACAACGGGCGCCCUGUCCCCCCUCCACCCGCGCUCCUGACGCCAUUCACGGCUCCAAUCCACAGCCUUCUCUCCGGACAGGACAGUGGGGGAAAGUGACUCACGACACAGAAACAUGACUCCUCUUACCUUCGCUAAUACAACAAACGUCACUUUUUAAAGUCAAUUUAGCGAGAAAACGCCAACUUUUAUCCCGUUUUCUCCUUAAAAUAAGAGGAGUGAAGCUUUUUUUUCAUGCUUUGUGCGCAUGCGCCAAACAUGGGGCAAACAAGACUGUUUUUGAUGGAUUUGAACGACUAACUUCUUUGAUAGGAGGAAUAAAAACACGUUGGAUUUCCACCCAAGCGGAGAUUAAAGUGUUGAAAGCACGUUUUUCAGAUGUGUCCCAUGCCAGUUCCAGCGGCCCCCAACAAUGGAUCCCAGAAGUCCAAGCUUCAACGGCGGGGGAGGACUACACCCCAGGCGGCCAUCGCAGGACGACGGGAGCCUGCGGCCUUUGCAAGCCCGCGAUGGCGUGCCGGAUACCUGGUUUUCUCCAGCGACGCUUACAUUGGAACAGUUGAGGAUAACUGGGAACCACAAUGAGUACACAGAAGGGCCCGCCUCCGCCCAGCACAGGCGCAAGGGUGACUCUGUGACCACGCCUGUCUCCCAGAGAGAGCGGCUCAGUAAUGAUCAGAUGCACCUGGGGGCCACCAGGACCAGCGUGGCCCGACAGAUAAUCAGUAAUCAGCCCAAGCCAGCGGCGCUGACGUCGAGCAAAAAAAACGUGAACGAGGAUCCAAGGGGCGGCGUGCACUCCGAGUGCGCACGCUGUGGCCUGUGCCGCUGCCCCGAGUGCAGGCGGCCCCGGGCGCUGCCCUCCUGCUGGAUGUGCGGCGGGCGCUGCGUGUGCUCUGCGCAGCACGCGGCCGAGUAUUGCACCUGCGUGUGCUGCCUCAAGGGCCUGUUCUACCACUGCUCCAGCGACGACGAGGACACGUGCGCGGACAAGCCCUUCUCGUGCGCGCAGUCCCACUGCUGCGUCCGCUGGACCGCCGUUUCGCUGAUGACCGCCGCGCUGCCGUGUCUCCUGUGCCACCUCCCGGCCAGGGGAUGCGUCGCCGUGUGCCAGGGCUGCUACGACCGAGCUACGCGGCCCGGCUGCCGGUGCAAGAACGCCCUCCCCUGUGAGACGGCGUGCAAGCCAACAUAGAUGACGCGUUCGUGGCCCGAUCGGCACAGUCUACUUCCGCCGUUGAUCAAAAGUCAUACUUGAAAGCAUCACCAAAACACUCCACUCUUCCAAAAGUAUACCGACUCCUGCAGAAUAAUUCCACACAAGUGCCCGUACAGUGGAACCUCGAUUCACAAAGUUAAAUGUAAAUAUGAACAACGGGAUCUCGCCUUGACAAAAGUUAUUUUAGUUAAGGUUUGUACACUUUGAACACGAUAUAAAGUGCUAUAGAGGUGAGUUUCCCGACUAUAAGGUGCACUGGUAUAUAAGUCGCACCCACUAAAAUUUGGAAGAAAAAAUAGAUUCUUUCAUAUAUUAGCUGCAGAUGUAUACGUUGUGAAGUGAGUUAUUUAAAUAGAAAAUGUUUGUAAAUGUUUAUUUACAUACCUUAAUUGUUUCCAAACGGUGCCUGUAACACGGCAGUAAAACGUCUGAUCAAACAAAAAAGAAAAGUCAUUAAUGGCUUUCUUCAUCCUUUGAUAUGAAUAAGAUAUUCUCCUUUUUUU